AUGUCAGAGUUGCACCAGGCAGCAGCCGCAGGGGACUUUGAUCGAGUUGAGGAGAUUUUGAGGCAAAAUAGAUGCAACCCCAAUCAGAGAGACCUUGACUGGAGCUACAAGACACCACUCCACUGGGCUGCAGCCAAAGGACAUACAGAAACAGUCCGGAUCCUCAUUGAGCAUGGAGCCAGGCCAUGUCUAAGGACAGAGUAUGGAUGGACUUCUGCUCACUUUGCUGCAGAAUCUGGCCGACUAGCUGUACUGCGGCUGCUGCACUCCCUCCAUGCUCCCAUAGACAAGGAGGACCGCAGUGGAGACAAGCCUAUACGGAUAGCUGAAAUAUAUGGACACCAGGACUGUGUUCAGUUCCUUAAAAAAGCAGAGACUGAGUGCCAGGCAUACCGCAAGAUGGCAGCCCAGAAAGGCAUUUCAGUGGACGACACAGACGAGGAGUGGGCAGAGCAGGGCAAAGAAAAUGAAGAAAAUAGGAUCCUUCCUCAUGAUUGAAGAGUACACGUUUUCACUUCUUCCAUGGUGAGUCUAACUUUGUGGAACUGUCUGUGAUGGAUGCAACAACCUGGAGAAGAGAAGAAGAAGGGUGUGUAAGAUGUAUCAAUACUCAUUGUAGUAUUUCACAUGACUAAAUCCAGUUGUGGUGCACUUACAUCUUUUCUGAGACGUUUCAUCAGUGCUUCACGUGUCUGUCAAAAUGGUAUUAAAACAGUUUUAAUGACGCUAUACUAUCUGUUUGUGGUUAAUAGCCUUUAUAUUUUCUACACAGUACCUUUAAAUACA